AGCCGCGCAGCCGGCCCGCGCUUUGGGCGGGGGCGGGACACUAAGCCGGGGCGACCAGCCAGGCCCCGCUGCCCCAGCUGCUACCCAGCCGCCCGCCCGCCAUGGGGCGUUCAGCCAAGAUCGUGCGCAUGCAGGCCUUCGAGAAGCAGAGGCGAAACGACAAGGGACAGGAGUGGAAGGCGAGUAAGUGGAAGGAGGCGCGCCAGAAAGAGAAGCGAGAGAAGCAGGCGAAGGGUUCGCAAGAUCCCGACGGAGAAGUCACCAUGAGUGGCGUUGAGGCCGCUGCCGGCGGCAUCCCCGGCAUCACCUUGUCGGCGGCCGACCGCGCCAGAGCCGCCGCCGGCGCCGCGCUGCUGCAGAAGGCCGCGGCGGCGGAGGGGCCGCGCAAGAAGUACAGCACGCACAGACUGGAGCUGGGCGGCAGGGCUAGCAUCGAGCUGAUCACCAGGCUCCUCCGCCUGGCCCGCUGGCUCGGCUUCGACAAAAUCGCCAGGAUCGAACAUGUCGCUUGAGAGAGCGGACGACCGAGGUGGCGGAUUUCGACAACGCUUCCUUGGGCAGGGGUCGACAGCCAGCACGGAAUGUAUCGAAAUGGCUGCCGUUGGAGUCCCAGUAGCAGCGGACGCAGAGGCACAGCACAGUCGAGCUAGAGCAGGAAUUGCCGAUAAUGUGAUGAGC